AUAGCAAACAGCAACGACAACAUUGGCAAAAUAGCGACAACUCAACCGUACAAAUGGACGGUGUUUAGAAGCUCUUGUGAGGAUGCCAGACGCCGCUUAGAACCAAGACGAGGAAAAAGACACUGCUGAGAUGGCGAUGUAACUUAACCAAUGUCAGUUGAACUAAAAUGGUGUAAACCACUGAUCUCCGACUUGUCUGUUAUACAUGAGUGUGUAAAAUAAAGAGAUGACGCAGUCUGUCGUAGUCCAAGUUGGUCAGUGUGGGAAUCAGGUGGGCUGCCGCUUCUGGGAUCUCGCACUCAGAGAACAUGCACACGUGAAUCAAAUGGGAGUUUAUGAUGACGCGCUGAGCAGCUUCUUUAGGAACGUUGACCAGAGGAGAGGGUACGGAGCAGAGGCAACCGGCGGCAAGAUCACAGGUCUGAAGGCCAGGGCCGUGUUAGUGGAUAUGGAGGAGGGAGUGCUUGGAGGGAUUCUGCAGGGGCCGUUGCGUUCUCUCUUCAGCAGCGCACAGCUCAUAAGCGAUGUCUCUGGUUCAGGGAAUAACUGGGCAGUCGGGCACCACACAUAUGGUUUGGCCUACAGAGAGCAGAUCGUGGAUCAGGUUCGCAAGGCUGCAGAACACUGUGACUGCCUUCAGUGCUUCUUCCUUAUUCACUCCAUGGGGGGAGGAACUGGUUCAGGGUUAGGCACGUUUGUGUUGAAGCUUCUAGAAGAGGAGUUCCCAGAGGUGUAUCGGAUCGUGACCUCCGUUUACCCCACUGCAGAAGAUGAUGUCAUCACUUCUCCUUACAACAGCGUCCUAGCCAUGAAAGAACUCACAGAACAUGCAGACUGCGUCCUGCCGGUCGACAACCAGUCUCUGGUUGAUAUUGUCGGUAAGAUAAAACACAUGUCCAACACUGGCAAACCAGGCUGUGCUAUCAAGAAGGACAGUACCAUCAUCUCUGGACAAGGAGGGGUGGUGAAGGUGGAGAAGCCCUUUGAUGCCAUGAACAACAUUGUGGCCAAUCUGCUUCUUAAUAUUACCAGUUCAGCGCGGUUUGAGGGCUCUCUCAACAUGGAUCUGAAUGAGAUAGCCAUGAACCUGGUCCCUUUCCCACGUUUACACUACCUUGUGUCCAGCCUGACUCCUCUCUACACACUGGCUGAUGUCAGUGUGCCACCCCGCAGGCUGGAUCAGAUGUUCUCGGAUGCGUUCAGUAAGGAGCAUCAGCUGAUCAGAGCCGACCCCAAACACAACCUGUAUCUGGCCUGUGCACUCAUGCUGCGUGGAAACGUUCAGCUGUCGGACCUGCGGCGGAACAUUGAGAGGCUGAGGCCCACCCUGCCGUUUGUCCCAUGGAAUCAGGAAGGAUGGAAGACCAGCCUGUGUUCUGUCCUGCCUGUGGGUCACUCACAUUCUCUGCUGGCCUUAGCCAACAACACUUGUGUGAAGUCCACCUUUUCUGAACUGAGGGAACGCUUUAUGAAGCUCUACCGUAGGAAGGCUCAUUUGCAUCAUUAUCUAGCCGUUGAUGGCAUGGAGCAGUCUGGAUUCACUGAAGCGCUGUCAUCAAUCUCAACACUUAUUGAAGACUACACACACCUGGAAUGCCCUCUCAUGCCAAACGCCCCCAGACUCACCAUGGCCACCUGACCUAUCAAGUGCAGCUCUGAAAACAUGUCAUCAGCGUUACUGCACUUCCUCUGACACACGCAGGACGUGAUCCACUGCAUCUUCCAGCGCACAUUGGAUCCUCCUUUGCAGUGGAACUCGACGUUCACCAUUUUGGACUUAUUGGGAACGCAGCAGCGCUUGUCUGUGCAGACGCCGCAGUAUGUCGGCCGGUGCUUCUUAACGCUGGUGCAGCCGGACAGUGAGAGCUUCUCUGCUUUACUGGCCUGGAAUUUGGGUUUGCAGGUUUUCCCUUUUGGCAUCUAUGCAGGACAGAGAGGAGUUUCAGUACAAUCAUUUAACUCCAAAUGAUCAACUAGAAGUCGAGUUAUUAUGUGUUGCUCUUACAGCUGGGAUCCACCACUAGACUUUCUCAGGCAGUGUGUAUUAAAUGCCGGUUUGGCUGUGUUUAACAUGG